ACGAGUCAAAGUGGCAGAGUGACAGAGACGCAGCCAGGCAAAACCGCUACUUUGGGGGGAUUUACACCGGGCGGCCUCCUUUCUUCUGUCUCUAAUUUACCUUUUUUGUGCGUAAUUUGAGUUGAACUUGAGGCAAGUCGGAAGAAGUAGUGCCGGCGCGCUCUUCUUUUUUUUCCAAGAAGCGAAGAAGCGGAACAGCUGGAAAAGUUUUUUGAAUUAGACCGUCUCCCGGUUCGUCCAAGUGUGGCUGCGUUCGUGUUUGUGCUCCGUGUGGAUCAACUUUUAUAGAACACAGUCGACCUCGCGCAGAUAUUUUCUCGAUUCUUUCAUCGUACAGGGCCGCUUCUGUUGGAUUUGGAAGGAAAAAAUCGUGCGCCUCUGCUGCCAUGACAUAACGGGACACUUGUGAACAGGCGGCGGUGCAACUGUGAGGAAUGACCGGAUGAGGAGUUUCAUGAAAACGCUGAGAUAAGUGAGACAAGUCUCAUCGCCUCUGGAAGCUGGAUGUUGGAGAUAUGGGAUGACUGGAGGCGGGGGUGCAGCUGAGGUGAGAUCCAGCCGAAGGACAAUGACUUCGCCCGGCCUUGGCAUCCCUCUGCUGCCGGGCCGCCUGGUGCUGAUGCUGCUGCUCUCCGCCUGUGUCCCGGGGCUGUCCGAAGCCUGUCGCGGGCUGCUGUUCGCGUCCAGCGGCUGCAGCUGCACGGAGGAGCGGCCCAAAGCGCACGGCGUCCAGAGCGUGGGGAAGCGGGUCAGCUGCAGCAAAGAGGAGCUGACGGAACCUCCGGAUGUCAGUCUGCUCCCCAACAGAACCGUCACACUAAUACUGAGCCACAACAAAAUCCGCGUUCUGAGCAAUGGAUCGUUCUUCGGACUGUUUGCCUUGGAGAAGCUGGACCUCAAGCACAACCUGAUCAGCACCAUCAUGCCGGGGGCUUUCCAUGGCUUGUCUGAACUUCGCAAACUUGAUUUAUCCAACAACCGCAUCGGCUGCCUGAUUGCAGACAUGUUCCAGGGUCUCACGAAUCUCACCAAACUGAAUCUCUCAGGAAAUAUCAUCUCCACUUUGGAUUCGGGCGUGUUUCAAGAACUUCCAUCCCUCAAGCUUGUAAACUUCAACUCAGAGUACCUGUCGUGUGACUGCGGGUUACGCUGGAUCCCUGGCUUUUUCCGCAGCACCUCGGCCCGAUUAGGGGACGAGACCUUGUGCGCCUACCCCAGGAGCCUGAGAGGAAAGCCCCUGCGUGGCCUGAGAGAGAGCCAGCUCAGCUGUGAUGGUCCUCUGGAGCUCCACACCCUCUCACUGCUGCCGUCCCAGCGUCAGGUUGUCUUCCGAGGUGACCGCCUGCCCUUUCACUGCACUGCUGCUUUUGUGGACAAACUAACCACUCUUCACUGGCGUCACAAUGGUCAGCUGGUCACCUCUGAUCCGGAGAUGGGCGUCCAGCUGGAGAAGAACGUGCUACAUGACUGCACCUUCAUUACCAGUGAGCUUAUGCUGUUCAAUGUUCAUGUGGAAGCCAGUGGAGAGUGGGAGUGUGUAGUUUCCACUGGGAGGGGCAACACAUCUCUGACCGUUGAAAUAGUGGUGCUGGAGAACAGCGCCUCCUUCUGUCCAGAGGAUAAAGUAGUCAACAACCGUGGCGAGUUCAGGUGGCCCAGGACUCUGGCAGGGAUCACCUCUCACCAGUACUGCCUCCAGCUGCGAUACCCCGCCCUCACCGUGGACGGUGGCAUGGAGCAACGGAAGGCCUCACGCUACUGUGACCGUUCUGGCAAGUGGCAGGAGGGCGAUUACUCCGAUUGUCACUACACAAAUGGCAUCACACGUGUCCUUCACACCUUCAUCUUGCGACCCAUUAACACAUCAAAUGCUAUCACCGUGGCUCACCAAGUGCGCACGUACACACUGGAGGCUGCAGGCUUCACCGACUCAGUGGAUGUGCUGUAUGUGGCGCAGAUGAUGGAGAAGUUCAUGGAAUUCAUCCGACAACUUCGAGAGCUGUCAGAGGUGCUGGUGGAGAUGGGCAGUAACCUGAUGCAGGUGGACGCCAAGAUCCUGGCCAUCGCUCAGAGGGAGAAAAGAGCCUGCAGCUCCAUUGUUGUCUCGCUGGAGACUCUGGCCUGGCCUCAGCUCCACAGCCACGCUCAGGACUUCUCCAUGGUGUCCAGGAACAUUGUGAUGGAGGCCCACCUGGUUCGUCCGGCCCACUUCACUGGCCUAACCUGUACUGCGUAUGAGCGCUGGGACAUCUCCACCAUUCAUACUGGGAUGGAGUCACCAGACCCAGCUCCACAACAGCUUCGUUUCCGGUGCAGCACCGGCUCCCACAACACCUCAUUAAACAAUUUUCCGAUGAAGAACUCUGUUGCGGUUGCCUCGGUGACGCUGCCUGCCACCUUGUUUCCUCCGGAUGCUCCUGCCGACUGCAAAUUGCAGUUCAUUACCUUCAGGACCGGCAGCUUCUUCCCGCUCACGGGAAACUCGAGCAACUCUGGGGAACACUCCCGCCGGCGCAGCGUGAAUACACCCGUCAUCUUUGUUGGUCUGGAUGGCUGCAGCAUGUGGAACCUCUCAGAGCCCAUCUGGGUGUCGCUGCGCCACUUGUCACCCGGCACAGACCCUGUGGCUGCCCAGUGGAGUCUGCGAGCCUUGGAGAAAAGAGGAGGCUGGAACCAGGAAGGCUGUCAGCUGGUCCACACUGACAGCAGCAUGUCCACCAUGCGCUGUUCAGUUCUGAGCAACUACGCAGUGCUGCAGGAAGUACCUGACUUCCCCAGCACAUCACACAACUCUGCCAGAGUGCUCCACCCUGUGGUGUAUGCCUGUACUGCACUGCUUCUCUUAUGCCUUUUCACCAUCAUCAUCACCCACAUCCUUCAUCACAGUACCAUUCACAUAUCAAGGAAAAGCUGGCACACCUUACUGAACACCUGCUUCCACAUCGCCAUGACCACAGCCACCUUUGCAGGGGGGAUAUUCUUGACCAGCUAUCCAGUUGUUUGUCAAGCUGUGGGCAUCGCGCUCCACUACUCCUCGCUGUCGACCCUGCUGUGGAUCGGAGUCAGCGCCAGGGUCAUCUACAAAGAGGCAGUGUGGAGAAUGCCUCGACAGCCAGAGGGCGAUUCCCCGGUUCCACCGACUCAGCGGCCGAUGCUCAGGUUCUAUUUGAUAGCUGGUGGGGUGCCUCUCAUCAUUUGUGGAAUCACGGCUGCUGUCAAUCUCAGCAACUACGGCGAUAGCAGCCCUUACUGCUGGCUGGUGUGGCGCCCGAGUCUGGGCUCUUUCUUUGUCCCCGCUGGCCUGGUGGAGUUGGUGACCUGGAUCUACUUCCUGUCCUCCAUGUUUCGCCUGAGGCACCGGGCGUCUAAAGAGUGUUCAGGGACAACCGUGUCCUCCCCUGUGACUGAGACCCAGCCCACACUGGCAGGAAGCACCAGCCUUCUUUCCACAGACUCGGUUGUGGGCCCGAUAAGCCCAGUCGUGGCGCCCGAGGACCAGUACUCACUAAAGACACAGUUUUUAGUGCUGGUGGCUACACACUUCCUCUUUGUGGCGCUGUGGUGUUGUGGAGCCAUGGCCAUCUGGCUGACAGGGAACACAAGCUUGCUGUUCAGCUGCCUCUAUGGAAUUACCGCCACCGUUCUGGGUGUGUUUCUGGUCGUACACCACUGCUUCCGAAGACUGGAUGUGCAGGCUUCCUGGCUCUCAUGCUGCCCGGGUUACCGCCUCGCCCAUCCAAUGUCAACCUAUGCACACACAUGCACGACAGGGAGUGGAGUGCAAACGUCUGAGCAGGGAUCACAGCUUUUCAUCAACUGCCAUCCGCCUGGGGACCUGCAGAACUCGUCGUCAGCCAGGUCGUCGUCCACUCCGAGUGGGAUCAGCAGCGUGGGUCCUGGACCCUGCAAGCUCACCAACCUGCUGCAGGUGACACAAGACAAUCCGAGCCACGCGGCUCGCCCUGCUGUGGCCAACAACACCAGCACCAGUACAGAAAACAUCACAAAGCCCUCAAACAAUAUCCUGCCCACGAUGAACUCUGUGGCUGCGGUUCAUCCUCAACGGAGAAAGGUGAGCAGCAGGAGUAAACAAGGGGGUGGUCAGUAUCACCAUCGAGGUGAAGGAAGAGGGCACUAUCGCCUUAAGGCCCUCAGGACAGCAGGAGGUGGGGGGAGUCUUGGAGCUUUAGGCCCCUCAGGCUUGGAUCACAUUCAUUCUUCACAUGUCACUUAUAAACAAGCCACCAGUGAGAACGGCAGUAUCCACCACAGCCUGUCGGAAAGUCAGAUGGGCCCUCUGACCAAUGGCAAGAGGGUUGGAGACUCUGUGCUCACAAGCCCCUCGGAGGGAAGUGACGGAGGGAGCAGUGGCAGUCGCAAGCCCUUUGCUCUGUUGCCGUCCAUGGCAAGCAGAGCGGCCCUGAACGGAGGAGCCCAGAGGCGAUGUGCCAGCAGAGACAACCUGAGACUGGCGGCCGCCACGGAGCGGGAUUCUGUCCGCUGCAUGUACCCGUUGAACAGUGUCAAAAGCAGUGCUCCGCCAAAUUCCACGGCCCAAAAUGGCCUCCUUAAAAGCUCCGAACACGAGUUGGAGCAGGACUUGAGUGGCACGGACCAGUCGCAGAGCUCCAUGGGAAAGAAGAGCAGCUUGUGGAAAAGUGAAACCACAGUGUGACCUAUUCUUAUACAUCUAUGCAUUAACAUGGUAGACUUUAAAUAAAUGGUUUAUUUUGAAGCUCUGUUGAUUAUAGUAAUUCGAUAAUUUAAGACAUAAUAUCGUGGUGGCUUCCAGGACCCUUACGUGGUACUUAUACCUCAGUAGCAUGUGAACUUUUGCUCAAAGUUUUUUAAUCUGGUCAGUAAGGUUCAAUAGUUCAUCAAAAUUGGAUGUUGCUUUAUUGCUUGAGCUGGGAUUUUUCUAUGCAUUCAACUUUUGCAUAAACCAAACUUGUCGCACUUCAGAAAAUACGCCUCCAGUUGUGCAUUUACUCUGUGGGCAAAUUUCUUUCGUAAUUAUGGCUGUGCAUUUCUAUUUUCGUGUGUGUGGAUACUGUACAGAUGCUCUGAGUGAAUUAAAAUCCCGUAAGGCUGUUUGGAUACAAUGAAAAGUUUUAUUUUAUGUAUUAUAUUUGAAGCUUCAUGGCAGUAACAAGGGACUGAGCACACUUCAUUUGAAGCCGGAGAGCUGAGUCAUUCUCCCUCAGUGUGCUCAGAUCAAUCAUCUAAUUGAAGCACUUUUAAACAUUAAACAUGUCUAAUUCCGCUCCUCCUACUUCAGAAUAUUUAUGCACUAUUUUAAGGUAAGCAACACCCUGGUCUGACAAAACAAUUCCUGUAUGAGAACAACUGCAAUCAGGAAGUUACGUGAGAAAGAUCUUGUACUUCUACCUUGUUCCUGCUUUCACCCUUUUGUUCUGAAGAGGAAGUCACAUACUGUACUGCACAGUCUGUGUGAAUUGCUUGUUGAGCAUGUUUUGUUUUCAAUUACAGUUUAGGAGAGAAGCAUCAAUGUGAGGCCUGAAUCAAUCUUUAAUUUAAUUUCAACUUUUCCACUCUGCCUUACAUUGGGAAAAUUAUAUAUUGUGCUUGAGCUUGAAUGUCAUUUUGAUUUGUCUGCAGAUUUUUAUUUUUGUCUACGGUGUAAAGAGUUGGAAU